AUAUGAUGGAAGUGAAAGAGGAGAGUCAAGCUGAAGUGGAUGAGAAACAUCAGAUUGUAAAAAUAAACCAUAAUGUUUCACAGAAAGAAACUCUGAAGACAGAAGACAUAAAGUGUGAAAAUAGUUUCAGUGAAGAUGAACGCCCUGCAGAUCACAAGAGGACUCACACUGGAGAGAAACCUUAUACAUGUCAACAGUGUGGAAAGAGUUUCUCUGUUGAAAGUAACCUUAAGAUACACACAAUGAUUCACACUGGAGAGAAACCUUACACAUGUCAACAGUGUGGAAAGAGAUUCACUUCUCAAUCGAACCUUAUCCGGCACAGGAAAACUCACAGUGGGGAAAAGCCACACGCCUGCCAGCAUUGUGAAAAGAGUUUCCCAGAUAAAAGUCAUCUUAAGAUACACGUAAGAGUUCACACUGGAGAGAAAGCUUACACGUGUCAUCUGUGUGGAAAGCGUUUCGGAGAUAAAAGGGGACUUGAUAUUCACAUGAGGAUUCACACUGGAGAGAAACCGUUCACAUGUCAUCAGUGUAAAAAAAGUUUUAACAUUAAAAGCAACCUUACAAGACACAUGAAAAUUCACAUGGAAGAGAAAACUCACUCUUGUCUUCAGUGUGAAAAGAGUUUCAUUGAUAAAAGUGGACUUGAGACUCACACAAGAAUCCACACUGGAGAGAAACCUUACAUAUGCUCUCAGUGUGAAAAGAGUUUUACAAGUGAAGGCGCUCUUAAGAAACACACAAAAAUUCACACCGGAGAGAAACCGUUCACAUGUCAUGAGUGUAAAAAAAGUUUCAGAUGUAAAUACAACCUUACAAUACACAUGAAAAUUCACACUGGAGAGAAACCUCACGCAUGUCUUCAGUGUGGAAAGAGUUUCAGUCAUAAAAGUGGACUUAAGAUUCACAUGAGAUAUCACACUGGAGAAAAACCUUACAGAUGCUCUCAGUGUGGAAAGAGUUUUACAAGUGAAGACACUCUGAAGAAACACACAAAAAUUCACACCGGAGAGAAACCGUUCACAUGUCAUGAGUGUAAAAAAAGUUUCAGAUUUAAGAACAACCUUACAAUACACAUGAAAAGUCACACUGGAGAGAAUCCUCAUGCAUGUCUUCAGUGUGGAAAGAGUUUCAGUCAUAAAAGUGGACUUGAGAUUCACACAAGAAUCCACACUGGAGAGAAACCUUACAUAUGUCUUCAGUGUGGAAAGAGUUUUACAAGUGAAGUUAAUCUUAAGACACACACAAGAAUUCACACUGGAGAGAAACCUUACAUAUGUUUUCAAUGUGAAAAGAGAUUCACAAGUAAUAGGAGUCUUAAGACACACACAAGAAUUCACACUGGAGAGAAACCUUACAUAUGUUUUCAAUGUGAAAAGAGAUUCACAGAUAAAGCGAGUCUUAAGAUACACGCAAGAAUUCACACUGGAGAGAAACCGUUCACAUGUCAACUGUGUGGAAAGAGUUUCAGAGUUAAAAACCACCUUACAAAACACAUGAAAAUUCACAUGAAAGAGAAACCUCAGACAAAGACAAAGCCAAUCAUAAAGCAAUGUGAGGCGGGACUCAUUGCAGAAAAUGAGAUCUGUUAACCAUUUGUGUACCAUAGACUGCAUUACCUUUACAUAACACGGUGGUAAAAGAUUUGAAUCUCAUUGAAAUGAUUUCUGGGUAAAUAAAUUCUACAAUGACUUUC